GCAGAGUAAGGCCAAGAUAAUAAGAGAGAGAGAGAGAGAGAGAGCUCUUAGAGAAUAAGAUAGAGAUAUUCUCUUUAGUCAUCAUGUUUUUUGGUGUUUUCUUUUGAAAUCAAACAAAGGCAAACCAGAUCUCUGUAAGAAGAGUCCGAAGUUAAUUUGGACCGUCUUUUUUUUAGUGGGGUGUUUAGAUUCAAGCUUGAGUUGUGUUUUUCUUUUCUUUUGGCAGAGUUAGCUAAAGAGUGAAGUCAGUAUUUGAAUAAACUAAACAUUUAGCUGGUUGUGUUUGGAGAGACUCUUGCUUUCUUUUGUUUUUGUACGGUUUUUAUCCUUUUUCGGAAGCUGUUGCCUUGUUGGGUUUGGUUACUUGGUAGUUCAAUUUAAGUGGAAAUGAUGUCUGGUGAUGCUUUUUCACUACCCUCUUUCAUAGCAGGGUUUGCUCAAGACCAGAAUAAUGCAAACCCUAAGCCUAAUCCUAAUCCGGUGGCCAAAAGGAAGAGAAAUUUGCCAGGAACACCAGAUCCAGAUGCUGAGGUUAUUGCUUUAUCUCCUAAGACACUCAUGGCAACCAACCGGUUCAUAUGUGAAAUAUGUAAUAAAGGAUUUCAAAGAGACCAAAACUUACAACUUCAUCGAAGAGGUCACAAUCUUCCAUGGAAGCUCAAGCAAAGGACCAACAAAGAGGUACGAAAGAAGGUCUAUAUUUGCCCAGAAAAGACCUGCGUUCACCACGAUUCAUCUAGAGCUCUAGGAGACUUAACUGGCAUAAAGAAGCACUUUAGCAGAAAACAUGGGGAGAAGAAGUGGAAGUGUGAGAAAUGUUCAAAGAAAUAUGCUGUUCAAUCAGACUGGAAAGCUCACUCCAAGACUUGCGGGACUAGAGAGUAUAAAUGUGACUGUGGGACUUUAUUUUCCAGGAAAGAUAGUUUUAUCACACACAGAGCCUUUUGUGAUGCCUUAGCUGAUGAAAGUGCAAGGAUCACUUCAGUUCAAGACACAGAUCUAAAUUUCAGAAAUGACACAGUAAAUUUGCCCCAUGGAUUUUCCAACCGGCCAGGAGUUCCAGAUAUUGCAGGUAUUUCUCAAUUUAGUGCAGGUUUCAGACCUGAUUUCAGUGGCAUGAGCAGUCCAGGAAAUUCUCUUGGUGCUGAUCAACAAAAGACUGGACUUUCUCUGUGGAUAAAUCAGGCCAAUUCACACAUUACUCCCAAUUCAAAUCUUUACGUGCCUCCGAUUUCCACUGGUUUGCCUGAGAUGGUGCAAAUGGUAGCCAAUCUCUAUAGUUCAUCAUCCUCGGCCAAUCUUGGGAAUUUAACCUUAUCUGGACUGCCUCAUGAUCAGGAAGAAGGUAUUAACAAAGCCAAUAUGGUGGAUACGUCAGCUUCUUUGUAUUCUGAUAGAAUUCAAAACAAGCAAUUAAAGCUAGCUGCUGUACCCAUGUCUGCGACAGCACUUCUACAAAAGGCAGCCCAAAUGGGUUCUACAAGAAGCAAUCAACCUUUCUUUGGCAACAGUUAUGGAUUGAUGAGCUCUUCUUCUUCUUCUUCUCCUACAACAAACCCCAUCUCUCUCAACCAGAAUCCAAACGAGCUAUACCAUGUCUUUCAAAAUGUUAAGCAACCUGCAAGCGAGAGCCUAACAGCAACUUAUAGUGUAGCAAUGAGUGAUGCAGUGAUGGGUACAUCAAGCAAUCUUGAUCAACUCGUGAUGCAAACAAGUGGAAACCUGCAAAAUGACCCGACUCAGUUGAAGUUGCCAAGAGGUUCAAAUUCUACUGAGAGUGGCUUAACGAGAGAUUUUCUUGGUAUGAAUAGUGAAUCCGGUCGUCUAUUUUUGCCACAUGACCUAGCUAAGUUCGCUUCAAUAAGUUCAGCCAUGAGCUUGAACCAUUUCACUGCCAAUCAUUGAUGGUCUUGCACACUACAUUGCAUGCCUGUUUUAAAAUAGCACAAACUUGAGGCCAAAACACCCGAUCUAGGGACCGAGUUGGCUCGGUCGUCGAAGGUAAGGCAGCUCGUUAAUGGUAGUGAUAAAUGAGACUGGAAGUGGUGGCCCGGUUGAUGAAGCAUGUCAGAAAAUUAUUAAACAUUGAACAAACUCCAAGUCAUGCAUGUUCUCCUUGUUUUUUCUUGUUGUUUUUAUUUUCUUCUUGUUGUUUUA